AUGUUACUUUUAUUCAUUCACGGAAUUUAUGUUUAUACCAAAAACCUUUUUAGCUGCUUCUUUCCCUUUAACUUUACCUUGAAAAUUUCUGAAAUCGAGUUGGAAAGAAAUGUUCAUAGAGCAGCUCAAGUUAUUUUGGAAAACCGUGUGCACAAACUUCAACAAGAAAACCAAAAUAAACAGGCCAAACAGGCUAUUUUGGAAAAUCAUAUCCACGAACUUCAACAAGAAAACCAAAAAAGACAGGCCGAAAAGGUUAUUUUGGAAAAUCAUAUUCACAAAUUUCAACAAGAAAACGAAAAAUUAAUUUUUGAAAAGGCAAAACUUGAAUUAGAAAAUGCUAUGUUGAUAGCAGCCCAAAAGGCACUUGAAGAUAAAAUUGCCACCGAUGCUGAUGCCGAUCUAAAACUCACGGUCGCAAAAAUGAUUGAAGAAAUUAAAGAAAACUGCAAAGGAUCUCUCGGUCGGUCACAAUCAAUCACAAAGAUUAUAAAACAAAAACAAAUGGUCAGAAAAAGUAUUACUACUAUCAACUUAAAAUGA